UUGGUGUAAUAACUUUUUUUAUUUUCUUUUGUGGUUUAGCCUCUGUAAAUAAUCAUAGUGGAGGAAUUUGGCCCUGUUAUAAUGACGAGGGUCUCCUGUACCAGAUACGCCUGCGCCUUAGUGCCAUAAUACGAAGUCAUAAAAAAAGAAAGAAGCCCAAGAAAGUUCAUCGUUUACAACUCUUCAAAAUAUCUUUAGAUUCUGAAAUUUGUUUCUAAUUUGCAAAGAUCAUUUUUUUAAUUUUUUUUUCUAACUGGGUGUUAAAUAGACUCUUUCUCUCACAUCUGGGGGGUUUGGACUUUGGAGCAUCAUCUGAUGGGCAACUGUUUAGAUUCUUCAGCUAGAGUCGAUGCAGCCUUCAGCUCCCACACAACUUCUGCAUCAGAAGCCACAAGAAUUUCCACCAAAAAAAGAAAUUCUUUAGCUCCUUCCAGCUUGACCAUUCCAUCUUACACUGAGAAGAGCAGUCCUAGGGGUCUUCCUACUCCAAGAUCUGAAGGUGAAAUACUGUCGUCCCCUCAUGUGAAAGACUUUUCAUUUAAUGAAUUGAAGAAUGCGACCAGAAACUUCCGUCCCGACAGUCUUCUUGGUGAAGGUGGAUUCGGUUAUGUUUUUAAAGGAUGGAUCGAUGAACACACACUUACUGCUGCAAAGCCUGGAUCUGGAAUGGUAAUUGCUGUCAAGAAACUUAAGCCUGAAGGUUUUCAAGGCCAUAGGGAGUGGUUGACAGAAGUUAAUUAUCUGGGGCAACUACAUCAUCCAAAUCUGGUAAAACUUAUUGGGUAUUGCUCGGAAGGUGACAACCGGCUGUUGGUGUAUGAGUUUAUGCCAAAAGGGAGCUUGGAGAAUCAUCUUUUUAGGAGGGGACCUCAGCCACUUUCUUGGGCAACAAGGAUCAAAGUUGCCAUUGGUGCAGCUAGAGGCCUCUCUUUCCUACAUGAAGAGCAAGUCAUAUAUCGGGAUUUCAAAGCUUCUAAUAUCCUUCUAGAUGCGGAAUUCAAUGCAAAGCUAUCAGAUUUUGGUUUAGCUAAGGCAGGGCCUACUGGUGAUAGGACUCAUGUAUCCACUCAAGUAAUGGGUACUCAAGGCUAUGCAGCACCAGAGUAUGUUGCAACAGGUCGAUUAACAGCAAAAAGUGAUGUCUACAGCUUUGGGGUUGUUUUACUGGAAUUACUGUCUGGACGGCGUGCCGUUGACAAAACAAAAGUUGGUGUAGAGCAGAAUCUUGUGGACUGGGCAAAGCCAUAUUUGGGCGACAAAAGAAAAGUAUUUCGGAUUAUGGACACCAAGUUGGAAGGCCAGUACCCCCAGAAAGGAGCUUACACGGCUGCUACAGUCGCUUUGCAGUGCCUAAGCACCGAGGCUAAGAUAAGGCCACGAAUGGCAGAUGUUUUAGCAACCCUCGAACAGCUUCAAACACCCAAAUAUGCAGCCAAAAACUCCCAACCAGAGCAUCAGACUGUCUCCAGUCCUGUCCAAAAGUCACCUUUGGGACAAAAUCGAUCACCUCUGAAUUUGACGCCAUUAGCAUCCCCAUUGCCAUCUCACCGGCAAUCUCUACGUGCACGGUGAGAGAGAGAAACAUAACAUGCGGUGGGGUAUUCUGGUCUAUCUUUAUUUCUUACUUAUUUGUCUGUUGUUUAUAUUCAUAUGUGGCUGUAUGAGCAUAGUUUUUAACUUAAUUUUGCAAUAUGCCAAAAAACAUGUCAACGUAUGUAUUCUAUGAAGUUAUAUCGCCAGCUCUAGUUUUGUUCUUCACUAAUAGUCCUUUUUUUAUUUGUUUACCAAUUUUUUCUUCUUCUUCUUCUUCUUCUCUCUCUCUCCCCCUCCUCCUCCUUCUGCCGAGGAGUUG